ACGCCGGGAAAGGACAGGCGCCCGCCCCAUCCCCGGAGCCAGUCGCAGCAGGGGGGCUGCAGAGGUCGCUGGCGCCGCCUAAGAGGCGUGGUGCUCGCCGAGUCGGAGCAGGGAGCGGAGCGGACGCCCUGCCGCGCCUCCAUAGUGUCCGAAGCGGGCGCCGGAUUGGGAAUUCGGAUCGGGAAUUCGGAUCGAGGCGCCUCCUGCUUCCACCGAAAAGCGGCCUCUUUGCCAACUGAGUGGGACAUUCAUGACGCUGCACCAGCAAGCUUGGGGGUGUCCCCGUCCUUUAUAGACGUUGGUUGCCAAGGAAAUCCCUUCCAGGAUGGACCCCAUGAGCCAGCUAUCUAGAACGGUUCUCUUCCUGAUGUCUUUACUUGUUCAGCUCCAAGGUAUUCAAAUGCCCAAGGAACAGGAUGAAGAUUUCCGAUUUUGUGCCACAAGAAACCAAACUCAGAAAAGUUCUGUCUAUUAUCAAAAGCAUGGAGACUCUAUCACCAUUGUCAACCGUGCUGAUGGACUGCAUAUAACUGCACCCUUCCUUCCAGAAUACAGAAACAUUUCUUUGCAAGAUCAUAAUGGACCUUACCGUUUCUGUGUUUAUGGGCACCAGGGAGCCGGUCUUUUCAUACUGCAGUAUGGGAACGUCAGCUACAACUUGAGUACAGAGGCCAGUGGUUUCCUCUGCUCUUUCAGGGCAGGAAAUCCCAGUCACGGUGGCACCUCUGUUCUUCAUAGCGUCUCCUAUGCCUUUAACAAGGGAUCCUACAACCAGUCCCUUCCAGAUUCCUCUGCCUACCAGAUCGACUUCCAUGGUCACAAAAGUUUUGACCAAAGAAACUCUCUCCAAGUAUGUGAAGUGGAAAAAGAAUUUGGAGAUUUAGCAGGUGCCCUGGAAAAUCCUAAAUAUGGCAGGAGAAACAAUUCUGGAAUCUUCUAUAAGUCUUUGCAGCGUUUGGAUACAUAUUUGGGGAAAAUGGACUUCAAGGAAGAAAGCAGGUUUUUGGGGAAGGGCCGAAUGCUGCGUGCAAAGGUCUGGAAUGUCAAACCUUCUCAGAACCUGUUCAUCCAGUCUACGUUAGAGGAAAACAAAGAGCUCCAUGGGAUUGAUGUGACUAUGCCGAGCAUCCUCUUUUCCCCGCCCAAAGGCCGUGCGCAAACCAAGUCAAAGGUAGUCUUGAUGGAAGUCAGCAGCCAGACUCUCUUCCAGCCCAGCCAAAAUACCAGCUGGAUCCUGGGCGGAAAGGUGUUUGGCAUCUCUCUGCCAGACAAACAAGUCUCUGGUUUGCCCAAGGAGCAGCGAGUGACACUCACUUUUUGGCAUAACCAGCUUACUAUGAAAAAUGCAACCCUAUCGUGUGUGUUCUGGGAUACAAGCUCUAGUGCUAGCCAAACCGGCUUCUGGAACAUGUCUGGCUCCGAAGUGAAACCAGGAAAGAAUCACACAACCUGCCUUUGGGACCAUCUCACUUUCUUUGCAGUGCUGAUGACAUCUUCUUCAGAACUCGACUACGUUCACAAGGAGUCCCUGACCAUGAUUACCUAUUUUGGCUGUGUCAUUUCUGCUCUGGCAUCCUUCUUCACAGUCUGCUUUUACCUUUGCUCCAGGAAAAAUGAGAGGGACAGUAUCGUCCGUAUCCACAUGAAUCUCCUCUGGGCCAUCUUCCUCCUUGACGUCAGCUUCCUCAUCGCUGUGCCCCUGUCCUCUACCGACAACGACGUAGCUUGUAAGGCGGGCGCCAUGUUCCUGCACUUCGGCCUUCUCGCCUGUCUGACCUGGAUGGGGAUUGAGGGCUACAGCCUCUACCGAUGCGUGAUUGAAGUCUUCAGUUUCUCUUCGGGAAACUUCCUUUUCAAGCUGUGCCUGCUGGGCUGGGGGCUCCCUAUAUUCCUUGUGGCUGUGGUCUUUGUGGCCGAUCCCUCAAGCUACGGACCAUACUUGAUUAAUGUGUACAAGACUUCAGACAGCUACACCAAUGCAACCAUCUGUUGGAUAACAAAAAAGGACAUCAACAGCAUCCUGAACUUGGGAUUUCUCAGUUUGGUGCUCCUCUUCAAUAGCAUCAUGCUGGCAGCUAUGGUGCGAGUGAUCUUCAGGCUAAAGCAACAGAACGACCACCAGUGGCAAUACGCAGUCAUGCUCCUGGGGCUGAGUUUUGUCCUUGGCAUCCCGUGGGGGCUGGCCUUUUUCUCAUUCACUUUUGGAAGCUUCAAGCUUGCGGCCCUCUACCUCUUCACCAUCAUCAACUCCUUCCAAGGGUUCCUCAUCUUCCUUUGGUACCUGGCAAAAAUGGUGCAGGCUCGCCGGUCUAGCUCAGCUCCGUUCUCAUCUUCUAACAGCGUAAAGCUUCAUUCCAGCAGCAGCGUGUUGUGACCUAGCGGGGAUUUGUUGAUCUUGAGGUUGUGCGCUGGAACCCCGCAGAAGAGGCCUGUAUGUAUGUAUUAUAGUGUGUAAGGAGUAGGGCGGGCACUUGCAUCCUGAAAUAAUAUAUUCGUGGUGUCUUUGUGGUAAAGAUGCAUGCCUUUUUUCUUUUUUUUGUAAAUGGUGUGUAUAAAGUUUUUAAAUGCUUCAAA